AUGUCAUUUUACGGAGACAACUACUCCUUGUAUGCCGUUCCGGCAGCAUGGUUUGUAGCAUUCGUUCCACAUGUGUACUCAACGACGUUCACAUCGCGUUACGACAAAACGUCGCCACGAACCCAUUUGCAGGAGAUGGAGAAAGACCAAACCAUUGACCAAGCCACAAAAGACAAACUAACCCGCGUAAACGGAGCAAAACAAAAUGGCUUCGAGAACAUCGGAUUCUUCGCAGCUGCGGUCGUAGCAGGGAAUGUAGCCGGACUUUCCGCAACGUCGCUCAAUGGAUUGUCCGCAGGAUACGUCUUGAGUCGUAUCUUGUACACCCUCAUCUACAUCAACAACACGAAUCCAAAGUUCUCGGACUUGAGAUCCGUUAUGUGGUUGGUUGGAAUCGGUCAAGUUGUUACUUUGUAUGCGAAGGCUGGGAAUAUGUUGCGAGCUGGUUCGGUUUGA